AUGGAAGACUCCACCAGCGGCUUCCGUAUCGUGUCCAGACGGGCGGUCCGGCCAAAGCCGGCAAGCUCGCCGGACGUCUCGCCGUUGCAGCCCCAGAUCAUGGAGCUGACGCCGUGGGAUCUCCAAUACAUUUCGAUCCACUACAUCCAGAAGGGCGUCCUUCUGCACAGGACCCAGACAACAGGAAGCGCACUCGCCGACGACCUCGCCUUGUCGUUCGCGCGUGCCCUGGGCCGCUUCUACCCGCUGGCCGGCCGUUUCGUCGUCACGGAGAUCAGCGGCGGCGCAUCAGGUUCCGGUGCGUGUCUCACCGUGUCGCUCAGCUGCAGCAACGACGGGGCUGAGCUCGUCCACGCGGUGGCGCCGGGGGUUUCGAUGAGCGACAUCAUCUGCCCGCGCUACUUCCCGCCGGUCACCGAGCUCGCCGACGGCGUGUUCGUUGCCUUGUCGCUCAAUCACGCUGUCGCCGACGGGACCACGUUCUGGCACUUAUUCAACACCUGGUCGGAGAUCCACCGCAGUGGUGCCCACGGCUGCGAGCUGUCCACGCCGCCGCUGGUGCUCGGCAGAUGGUUCCCCGACGCAUGCCCUGUGCCGGUCACCCUACCGUUCAUGAAGGUGGAGGACAUCAUCCAGCGCGUCGAGUUCCCACCGGUACGCGAGUGUUUCUUCCACCUCUCGACGGCGAGCGUAAGGAACCUCAAGGCAAAGGCAAACGCCGAGAUGACCGGCACGGCACAGCCACAAGCAGACCCCAUCUCCUCAUUGCAGGCCGUGCUUGCGCACCUCUGGCGCGGUGCGUGCCGAGCCCGGCGCCUCCCGCCUGACCGGGAGACGAUCUGCCUGCUGCCCGUAGGAUGCCGAGGAAGGGUGCAGGGCGUGCCGCAGCACUACAUGGGCAAUGCCGUGGCGCUCGGCGUGGCCAAGUGCACCGUCGCCCAUGUCGUGGACAAAGGGCUGGGCUGCACGGCGUGGCUGCUCAACCAGGCCGUGGCGUCCUUCGACGAGGCCAAGACGAGGGACGCGCUCGCGUCCUGGCAUCAGAAGCCACACAUCCUGUACCUGGAGGCGUCCGGCGACGGCGAUCCUGCAUAUAUCGUGGUCGCGGCCUCGCCGCGGUUCGACGUCUACGGAAAUGACUUCGGGCGGGGCACGCCGGUCGCCGUUCGGAGCGGCGCCGGGAACAAGAUGGACGGCGUGGUGACCGUGUACCCGGGGCGUGAUGGUGGUGGGAGCAUGGGGGUGGAGGUGUGCAUGUCUCCAGAAGCGCUCGCCAGGCUCACAGCCGACAGGGAGUUCAUGGAGGCAGUGGACAUGGCGUGA